UCCGGAAAUUUCUGUGGAAAUCCAGAAUCACUGGUUUUCUUUUCAUCGCAAAUGUCUUAUCCGCGUACGUCUGUCGUACCUACUUUGCGUCCGCUAUAACCGCAAAAAAAUGAACGUAGUCAACCGACCACCACUGCAAGUGAAAUCGUAUUUUUAAAAAAAAAGCUAGAMAAUUAUUGAUCAACUGCGAAAACACAAGGCGACGUGUAAAAGGAAAACGAACCCACCAACCCCGUGGUUCGACCAUGCCACCGUCACCGCUGCUGUUGAUGGCACUGAUGACGAUACUGCCGCCACUUCUGGUGCUGUUAUUUUUUAACGCGGCCGCAGUAAGUUCUCAGUUGGCAUGGACACAAAUCUACGUCGGUUCCAACAGCCAAGUGGACUUAUGGACACAAGAAUCGCAAGGAUGCCGAUGCAAUCAUGAUUUACUCAGACAGGACUGUGCCUGCUGUGUACCACAGGGCGGAUGUCAAUGCGGGGCACUAGCGCUGAACCGUUGUGCGCAAUGCGGUUUGGAGCAGCACUGCACGAACAUGUGCAACGUCACAAUAAAAGCUGAUAUGCUAUUGGCCCGUUCAAACUCGACGUUCGGCCAGAUCAAAUCUCCCGCGUUGUCCGGCCCGAACUCCUGUUGGUACACGCUUGACCCCGGGUACGACAAACGUGUGGAAUUACAAGUGUACAGGCUAGUCAACGCCGGCCAUUUCAACGGUUCCAGUUGCGUAUCUGGAUACUUAGAGUUGUUGGAUUCCUUUGGACAAGGAACAGGGCCUCGGAUAUGUGGCCAAAAUGAACGGUUAGCACCUCCAGUCGUUAUGUUUGCAGAUCGAGAAUCGGCAGUAUUGAAUUUCCGGUAA